UUGUGCACGUGUUCCACCGUGCGCUCGCGGCCAUGAUCGGGAAAAUGGCGGAGGAGAAAGAACUCGAUGAAAAGACGGGCAGUGGCGAUUCAGAAGAAGAUCAAGACGACGAAGAGGUUGAAGCUAACGGAAAAGAUGAUUUCGAUGAAGAUGAUCCGGAGUUUGAUGAUCCAGAAGGCUUUGUGGAUGAAGUAACAGAUGAAGAACUCUUGGGAGAUAUCUUGGCAGAGAAACCCAAAGAAGUCCAAGGGACUGAUUGCAUCAUUGUUGUUGACAAUGUGCCUACCAUCCCGCCAGACAGACUCGAAAAGUUAAAGAACGUGAUCCGUAAAGUAUUUUCAAAGUUUGGAAAGAUCAUUACUGAGCAUUAUCCAUUGGAUGAUAAUGGAAUGACAAAAGGGUAUAUUUUCUUGGAAUUCUCUAAUGCUAAAGAUGCAGCACAAGCUGUGAAGACAGCUAAUGGUUACAAGCUAGACAAACAUCACAUAUUUGCUGUUAAUCAUUUUGAGGACUUUGACAAGUUGGUUAGCCUGACAAAGGACUGGCAAGCUCCAACAAAACAACCCUAUGUUCAGCAGGAAAAUUUGAGAUCUUGGCUUUUGGAUCAGGAUUGUAAUGAUCAAUAUUCUUUGAUUCAUGGAGGAGGAGAUAAGGUUGCAAUCAUGUGGAAUACCCAACAGGAACCAAUUCUAUCAAAAGAGAGACUGAACUGGACUGAAACAUAUGUACGCUGGUCACCCAAAGGCACAUAUUUAGCAACUCUCCAUCACCAGGGUAUUGCUCUCUGGGGUGGAGAAGAAUUCAAAAGGCUGAUGAGGUUCAGUCAUCCAGGAGUCCAGCUCAUAGAUUUCUCGCCCUGCGAAAGAUAUUUGGUGACCUUUAGUCCUCUAGUAGACAAUCCUGAUGAUCCACAGGCCAUAGUAAUUUGGGACAUACGAACAGGAACAAAAAAGAGAGGGUUUAUUUGCGGAGAUCAAUCUCAGUGGCCAGUGUUUAGAUGGAGUGCCCAGGGUAAAUUUUUUGGUCGUUUAGGAGAGGACAGCAUUAGUAUAUAUGAGACACCGUCUUUUGGUCUAUUAGAGAAGAAAAGCUUGAAGAUUCAAGGUGUCAGGGAGUUUGCAUGGUCUCCAACAGAUGAAGUGAUAGCAUUUUGGGUUCCUGAAAAUAAAGACACACCAGCUCGUGUUACCCUCAUGGAGAUACCUAGCAGAAAAGAAAUCCGAGUUAAAAAUCUUUUCAAUGUGUCUGAGUGCAAGAUGUACUGGCAACAGAAAGGAGACUAUCUUGGUGUGAAAGUUGAUAGAUACACCAAAAGUAAAAAGGGGCUGUAUUACAACCUUGAGCUUUUCCGUGUGCGAGAGCGGCAGAUUCCAGUUGAUGUUGUGGAAAUGAAAGAGGCUGUUACUGCUUUUUCGUGGGAACCAGGCGGCAGUAAAUUUGCCAUAAUCCAUGGUGAGAGUCCCAGAAUAUCAGCCAGCUUUUACAACAUGGAGAAACAAGGCAGUGUUUCACUUCUAAAAACAUUUGAUAAGAAGCAAGUAAACAGUAUAUUUUGGUCACCAAAUGGACAAUUUUGUAUUCUUGCUGGUCUUAGAAACAUGAACGGUGUUUUAGAAUUUUAUGACACUUCUGAUGUAGUCUGCAUGAACCAGGCAGAGCACUUUAUGGCCACUGAUGUUGAAUGGGAUCCUACUGGCAGAUAUGUGGCCACAUCAGUCAGCUGGUGGGCUCACAAGGUAGAUAAUGGUUACUAUAUCUGGUCAUUCCAAGGCAAGCUUCUUCAACGUCACGCUUUAGAUCAGUUUUGUCAACUUCUGUGGAGGCCCAGACCUCCUAGUCUGCUCUCAGAGGACGAUAUGAAGAAUAUCAAGAAAGACAUCAAGAAGUUCCAGCGCAUGUUUGAGAUCAAGGAUCGAAUGAGCCAGUCACGAGCUUCUAAGGAGUUAAUUGAAAGGCGGCGGCGAAAGAUGAAAGACUUUCAGGGCUACAGGCAAAAGAAAAACAACGAGUUUGCACAGCAGAAGGCGCAGCGCUUGGAGUUGCGCAACGGUAUUGAUACAGACGAGAUUGAUAGUAACGCAGAAGAGUUUGAAGAUGAGUCAGUGGAAUUCUUUAUUAAAGAGGAGAUUACCGAAGUGGAAGAGUAACCCCUCAGCCGAGUUCAUCCGUCGAUUUCCCACGAGUGAGAAUAGCGAGCGAUUUUUUUCUUAUUGUCACAAGUGAUAAAGAUAACCUAAGAGUUCGAAUUGAUCUGGAAUAUUUCAGGCUCAGUUGCGGCCGAUAAAGCUGGUGCCUUGUUUAAAUAAGAUAAACAGGCAAUUUUCAUUAUAUUAUAUUCGAAUUAUUUUCAAUAUUACCUUCGUAGCGUGUAGAGUGCUUUACCCUUAUUAUUGUCUCAAACUGCUCAUUUAUUGGCCAAUUGCACUUUGAUUUACCGGUAAAUUGUAAGUUUUAUCUGUAGCUGUAGAAAUGUCCACUAAGUGUUGUACUUUCUUGCCGAAAAGAGAGUUUCUUUUGCAGAUUUUACAUUGUGUCGUGGAACUUACAAUUUUCAACGUGAAUCGUAAUUUCACCUUUGCUUGUAGGGAAUUAAAAUGGAAUAUUAUGCGUUCAA